CCUUGGGCACCUCAACUAAACCCCCACGUCCCCUCACCCAUAUUCCUUUUUCCACCUUCCAACUCGAGCCUUCUAAUUUGUCCUUCGUUUCUCCUCUUCGUGCGAGAGGUUCUUCAUAUUGCCGAUAUUGUCAUUUUGCCCUCUCGAUGUCCUUCAGCCAUGGCUGUAGAAUGUUAUGAAUGUUAUACCUGCGAAAAGGCGUUUCCUGCUGGGUGGCAGGCUCGCGAGAACCACUGCCGAGCCACCGGCCACAGCGCCCCUCCGUUUGAGUGCGACACGUGCCCGAGAUACUUCGGGAGCCAGCGUGCUUGCAAUGAUCAUAUGAACACCCUGGAUCAUUUCGCCGAUGACUCGGACGACUCCUACGAGUGCGACAUAUGCGAUGAGACUUGGCCCUCGGAGGAGGACCUCAUGGAGCAUGAGAUCCGCGACCACUAUUACUGCGACGAGUGUGAUCGGACUUUCCAAAGUUACAAUAAUAUCCGCGCACAUCUCAACUCGCGAACCCACCGAGGCCAAGAGAUCGAAUGUUGCUUCUGCAGGAAGCGUUACACGACCGCCACCGGACUCGUUCAUCAUCUAGAGUCUGGGUCGUGUCCCAUGGCCCGCGAUGUUGACCGUGACGAGAUCUACAAGCGGGUGAGGGCUCGGGAUCCUGGGGGUGUGAUCACCAAGAAACUCAUCGGGUGGGAAGGCACACCAUCCUACGAGGCAAACAGCCGCUCCUGGAAUGGUUGUGCUUACGAGUGCUAUCUCUGCCACCGAGAGUUCACUACCCUCGGCAGCUUAAACCAGCAUCUCAACUCGCAGGCUCACCAGAGCAGCCUCUACCACUGCCCCAAGUGCCGGACGGAAUUCAAGAGCCUAGCUUCCUUCUUCAAUCAUCUGGAGAGCGAAGCUUGCGGAUACAUGAAGUUCCAGACCGUUCAAGACAGAGUUGGGGAAAUGGUCCGGGGUGGUCGACUUCUAACACAUUGAGAUGGGAUCUGAUUCUCGUUGAAACGCCCCUUCCCCGGGGUAGUGGUUGGAUGUGCCAGGUGCUUGCUCUGCUGUUAUUUCCAUGUGGACGGAGUGUUUCAACAGAAGCAUCUCUUAUUUGGCGUUUAGGAUGUAUUCCAGUCUGGUGUGGACUACGGGUCACAGACCAUAAGAAUAUGAGAAUGGGAAACCAAAUGACUGUGUUGUGUUCUCCAGUACGGAUCCGUACAAGAGCUCUCCACAUAGAAUUGGUGGUGGGGAUGACGUCACAGCUCAUACAGGAGCAUCAGCCAACUGAUCCU